AGAACUACUAGAAAUUUUGCAGUCGCGUUCGUUCGUUGUGCGUGUGCGAAAAUUGAACUGGAAAACGCUUAUAAACCUACGUAGAAUUUAUUCGUGGGGGUCAGUAUCUGGCCGAAUAAAUUCAUCUUUCACCGGACUUUCCGGGUUGGGUGGAGUACAGGCUCGAGAAGAAAGAACCGAAUGUGAAAAUGUCUGGCGAUUGAUCGCCCCACCGGAGGAGGCAAACCUGCUGCUGCAAUGGUACGAAUCUCUGCUCGUAUGUGUGGUAUGCGAAAUACGUAGAAUAGUGCUCUUAUUUUUAUGUCUGCUGCUUGACCGUCUGGAAUGGAUACAUGAGAUAAUAAAUUUCAUCACAAGAGAAAAAGGUUGACAAGCAGUGCGAUUCGUUUAUUGAAAAUUGCUUAAUCGACAAAGAAAUUAUCAGGACUCAUCUGGUGUUCCGCAAUCACGUCUUUGGUCUAUUGUGAGUGUGAGUUGACCCAUGUUCACUCCUUUUUGCCUUCAAAACGGUGUGAAGUUGUGUGUAUUUUAUAUAUUUUUUUGUGUGCAAUCGCCAUUUUGUGUUCCGACGAACAAGUGAACGAACGAACGUAGGGGAAGAAAGUUUCUGUCUUGACCGUGGCCAACCCUGCCCACAAGCUAGAUCCACCGAAGGUUACAUCUGCAUAGCACCAUUCGAACGGGAUAAAUACUUCCUAGAGGUGUCCAAGUUCCUAGACGUUGUGUUGGUUACGGAUCGUGUUAUUACUGCAUUGGAAAGCACAAAACGUCAUCUGCAGGGGCGCUCCCCGAAAUUAGAUGGCACAAGAAAUAUUUCUUCGUCAGUAGCGGCUAACUGUUUCCGGUCGGAAAUCAUCCGUGAAAGAUCGAAUUUGGACAGCCAAAGCAUACCGUCCCGGUGGAAGUAACAACCAGGAGGUGGCACCGUGAAAAUGUGCAUCUAUUGGUCGAGUUGUGAUCAAUACAGUACCCAUAUCAGGGGCGAGGGGAAGUGUUCGGCAGGCUUGAUGUUAGAACAAAAAUAGUAAUGUGGCACCUAGUGGUCUAAUCGGUUUACAAACAUAUGACAAUAAUAGCGAAUGCGGUUGAGUUCAUCAUAACCGAUCGGUCGAAUGCAGCGUUGGAAGCGAAGCUUCAACAACGCUGGUAGAUAGAGAUUGAGUGUAUCGCAUAUAAAGUGGAAGAAAAAUACACCAUCAAUCGUGCGGCAUCGAGAAAGAGAGCUGCAAAGCGCAAAUCCAUAUACAGAAGUAAUAAUCGAAACGUGACGCGUGUGUAGUUAUAGUUUGUGCGUGAGUGUGUUUUUUCUCCACGAGUUGGUUCCCCCUUCGGUACUACUGUUACAACCAGUAGUAUGCCUAUAAUGAGGCCUGGAAGUCUGAAGGAUCCUGAGAUAGCUGAGCUUUUCAACAAACAUGAUCCGGAGAAGAUAUUCGAAGAUCUGCGCGAGAUCGGUCAUGGAUCGUUCGGUGCGGUAUACUAUGCAAAAUGCAAUCUCACUCGAGAGAUCGUUGCGAUCAAGAAGAUGUCCUAUAUGGGCAAACAAAGCAUGGAAAAGUGGCAGGAUAUCUUGAAGGAGAUUCGUUUCUUGAGGCAGCUGAACCAUCCCAAUACGAUCGAGUACAAGGGUUGUUAUUUGCACGAGAACACCGCCUGGCUGGUGAUGGAAUACUGCGUCGGCUCGGCAUCCGAUAUUAUCGAGGUACACAAGCGACCACUGAAGGAGGAUGAAAUUUCGGCGAUUUGCGAUGGAGUACUGCGUGGGCUGAGCUAUCUUCACAGUCUGGGAAGGAUUCACCGUGACAUCAAAGCCGGCAACAUUCUGCUGACCGAGCAGGGUGUGGUCAAGCUGGCCGACUUUGGAAGUGCCGCCAUCAAAUGUCCUGCCAACAGUUUUGUCGGUACACCCUACUGGAUGGCACCGGAAGUAAUUCUGGCGAUGGACGAGGGACAGUACGACGGCAAGGUGGACGUUUGGUCGCUCGGAAUAACGUGUAUUGAACUGGCGGAACGGAAACCUCCCUAUUUCAACAUGAACGCAAUGUCGGCACUGUACCACAUUGCGCAAAAUGAGGCUCCUACAUUGCAGGCUCCUGACUGGGCCGAUGUGUUUCGAAGUUUUGUUGAUUUUUGUUUGAAGAAAUCACCGGCUGAACGCCCGAAUUCAAGUAAACUGUUAACCCAUUCGUUUGUGACUAGGAUACGAUCCCCGAACGUGCUAAUUGAUUUGAUAGCAAGAACAAAAGCUGCCGUGAGAGAAUUGGACAAUCUGAACUAUAGGAAAAUGAAAAAGAUUUUAAUGGUCGACUCUUGUGAAACGGAAAGUAAUGUCGGCGAUGCGGAAGACACACCGGAUGAGCAAAUUGGCGGCGACAGUAGCAAGAGUAACAGUAUCACCUCGGAACAUUCUCUCCAUUCGGUAGAUCAACAUGGUGGCAUCAUUCGGAAUGCUUCCAGACAUCGACUGCCGGGAUCCGGGCUACCACCGUUGCAUAAUAACAGUAUGAACAACUCCAGCGGUCGGGACGGUUUAAUGUCUACUGAUGGAAUUGGUCGAAUGGGUUUCGGAAUUGGCAGUGGUAGCGGCGGAGGUAUGGGCAGUAUCAGCGCAGGUGGUAGUGGUUCUGGUUCUGGUAGUAUCAGUGCCCAUACUGCUGGUUAUCAAAACUCGUCAUCUAGUCCCGUUGUACCUCAUCACCAUCCGCAUCAUAAUCACGUGUCCCAAGCCGCCGCCAACGCGGUUGCAGAGCACGGCGCCAAUAACUUUGCUACUAUUAGAACGACCAGUAUUGUAACCAAACAGCAGAAGGAACAUAUGCAGGAGGAAAUGCACGAACAGAUGUCUGGCUACAAGCGGAUGCGCCGUGAACAUCAAGCGGCCUUGGUGAAGCAGGAGGAGAAAUGUAAGGUGGAGAUGGAGCAGCAUAAGGCAGCUCUAGACAAAGAAUAUGAUCUACUACUACACAACUUUACCAGAGAACUAGAGAAAUUAUCGGCUAAACAUCAGCAGGAAAUUGAACGUAGGACGAAACAAAACAACGUUGCGGAGAAGAAACUGUACAAGGAAAUAUCGACACGACAAGAAGGGGACCGGAAGGCUUUCGAUUUGUAUAAAAAGAAGGAAUACAAAGCCAACAAGGAACGCUGGAAACGCGAACUGUCUAUGGACGAGUCCACUACCAAACGGCAACGCGAUGCUACUUUACAGACUCAAAAGGAUAACAUGAAGCAAGCGGAGGCUCAAGAGGAACAGCGGAUGUUGCGGGUACAAAAGAACUACAUCGAACUAGAGAUGCGCAAAUUCCGGAGGAAAAAAAUGAUGCUUUUGCAUGAGGUUGAAAACCAACUACUUAGAGAUGAAUUAAGCAAGAAACAGCAGCAACUGGAACAGGCGCAUGGUAUGCUAAUCAAACACCACGAAAAGACUCAGGAUCUGGAAUACCGACAACAAAAGAGUGUUCAUGCCCUCCGCGAGGAGCAAAUAUCAAAACAACACGAGAGCGAGCUACGUAACCAAAAGGAGUACAUGGAUCGGGCCGAGCGGGAGCUGCUGAGGAAGCAUGCGCUAGAACUCAAGCAGCAACCGAAAAGUCUGAAGCAAAAGGAGCUUCAAAUACGCAAGCAGUUCCGGGAAACGUGUAAAACUCAAACGCGUCAGUAUAAGGCACUGAAGGCUCAAAUCCUGCAGACAACGCCUAAGGACGAGCAAAAAGCUGUGAUAAAGCAACUAAAGGAAGAACAACAUCGUAAGUUAACGUUACUGGGUGAUCAGUAUGAACAAAGUAUUGCCGAUAUGCUGCAGAAGCAAAGCUUGCGACUGGAUGAAAGUCAAGAAGUCGAAUGCCAUCAGUUGAAAGAUCGAUUACAGUACGAACUGGACAUUCUAACUGCGUACCAGAGCAAAAAUCGCAUGCAAGCGCAAGCUCAGCGAGAUCGCGAACGCAAGGAACUUGAAGAUCGAGUGAGUGUGCGGCGAGCACUGCUGGAAAGUAAGAUGGAGACGGAACUGCAGCAGUUUAAUCAGGAGCGUGCGGAACGAAUACGACUACUCCGGGAGCGACAUGAGAAACAGCUGGAGACGUUCGACGAGGAGUCGGCACGUAUGGGCUUUAGUGCACUGGCGUUAGCUGAAGCGUCCAAAGAAACCUAUCCAGACGAAGAGGGCAGCCUGUCCGGAUCGAUGCUUAGCUUGGCUCAUAGUAACAGUUCUACUAGCUUUCCGGCAGGCUCACUAUAGCAUAAAACCAGGUGGACAAACACUUUAUCGAGUCAUAAUUCUAUGUAGGAAGAUUAUGUCGGCAGGAUACACGUUUGGACAGCUCAACGAUGAUUAGGAUGUUGUGCGCAAGAGCAUAGUUUUUUCCAACUCCCAGACACGGGAGUGGCAACAAUCUGAAUGGUGACAUCGGGAUUACAUUAUCUCACGCAUCUAUUUCUGCUUUGUACCCAUCUGCCAGUGAAGAAGAGAAAAAUAGAGUUUUUGUUCUGUAGGAUAUUUUUAUCGAUUGUUAUCCACAUUUUGCGGGUGUUAUUAGUAGUACCACUGGUUGUAUUUAGACGAAUUUUGACAAAAGCUUAACUCUGGAAGUGAACACAAUAUAAGAUAGGAUCUUUUCUUCGAAAUUCUAGUCAAA